AUGAACGAGCCGCUGCCGACGUACACGCGGCGGGACCAGACGCGCCCGGACUGGGCGCAUAACUACAGCCGCCCGAACGAUGUGCCACCAUCGUACGCGGACUCGGUGCGCUGGUUCUUUUACAAUUCGCUGCGCCCCGCAUUUCUCGUUGCGUCGCUCGUGAGCGCGAUCGGCGCCGCGAUUCAGUGCGGUGUGCAAUGGCGCUCGAUGGGCGAGACGAGCGGCAAGGCGCAUAUUUUUAGCCUUGUUAGUGCGGUGCUCUUUACCGUCGUCGCUGUAUUCCAGUUUUAUGCGUUUAUGGCGGGCCUGAACAGCCACAUUUCGAUGCUGCGCUCGGCGCACACCGACGGCCGCCUGGUCACUGGUGCGAACCCCCAGAGUGCGGUGGCAGUGACCAGUGCUGCGGUCAAGGCCUUUGACGCUUUGUAA